UCGGCUCUGCCUUCAAAGUAGUCGUGUGGAGGAGGAGUGGCGUCGUUCUGCUUUUAUCUGUUGCCAUAGUUUGUGCUUUUUCUCGGUCUGUCGUGUUCGAGCGAGGCUGCUGCGGGUGUCAUCGCGGUGGGCGGCUCUCCAGCACAAACAUGGCAUCUUCCUACGCUGCUGUCAUCGCAGGGCUUCUGACAACAAAUUUAUCAAACCCACCCAUCAACCCCCAAUACGCAGAAAAACCCCAGAUUUCUAAACCCAAAAAGCUCAACUGCCCUCCAGCUUCCCAGGAUCCUCCUGGUCCACCUCAGUCUGCGGUUUGCUUUGAAGAGCCACAGGAGAAUCCUGCAGACUACGGCAUCGGCGGCUAUUACCCUGUAGAGAUUGGGGAAGUUUUUGCCAACCGUUACCAAGUGCAGCAAAAGUUGGGAUGGGGCCACUUUUCUACUGUAUGGCUCUGCUGGGAUGUAAUGACGAAGGGUUUUGUGGCUCUGAAGGUGGUGAAGAGCGCUCCAACGUUCACAGAGACCGCACUGGACGAGAUCGAACUCCUGAAAUGUGUGAGGGACAGUGACCCCAAAGAUUCAAACCGUGACAGAGUUGUGCGCCUCUUGGAUGAUUUCAGGAUCACUGGAUCGACGGGAGAGCAUGUGUGCAUGGUUCUGGAGGUUCUGGGGGACCAGCUGCUGCGAUGGAUCGUCAGAUCAAACUACACCGGCCUCCCUCUGCCCUGCGUCAAGAGCAUCCUCCGACAGGUUUUGCAGGGUUUAGACUACUUGCACACAAAAUGCAAGAUUAUCCACACAGAUAUCAAGCCAGAAAACAUUCUUUUAAGAGUCGAUGAUGCUUUUAUUCACAAGCUGGCAGCCAAUGCCCAGUUGUGUCAGCUGCCAGUGUCUUCUUCUCACACCAAUUUAGUGGAAAAACCGUCCAGAAAAAAGCAGGUGUGUAACCUAAAAUCUGCGUGUCUUGUUUUUUUAUCAAGAUGUUUCUUUAAAUGCUAUAAAAUGAGCUUUUCUGCUAUUUUAUCUAAGAGUUUUUUCAACUUAGUGGGGAAGCUGUCAGGGGUUUUCCAUGGUUUUGGAGAAUGGCCCGGUAAGGUAUACAGGAAUUCAGACAGGCGGUCGGCGGGUAAAAGCAGAAAAUGUCGAAGCUCAAAGACUCCGUCCGAUCACACAUCUGUUUCUGAUGCUGCAUCGAGCGCGCACAGCUCCACCUGUCAGUCAAAGCUCACAGGUAACAACAUGAAGACGAGGAGGCAAACAUUACUGUUUGAAGAAGGACUGGACUGUGAACCACAAAGACACAGAGACUGCUCAUCGACCAGCCACUGCACAGAUGCUGCAGCCUCUGACUGCAGAUUCCAGGAGUUACAUCCCACUCCUCUGCCUUCACAGAACCCAGCUGAAGAUAUGAAGGAUCCAGAAUUAGAUUUACUGAAUCCUGAGAAUGCAGAUAAAAUUCUGAUCAAGGUUGCUGACCUGGGCAAUGCCUGCUGGGUGCACAAACACUUCACUGAAGACAUUCAAACAUGUCAGUACCGCUCAGUAGAGGUCCUGAUUGGGGCGCACUACGACACGCCAGCCGACAUCUGGAGCACCGCCUGCAUGGCUUUUGAGCUGGCCACUGGAGACUUUCUGUUUGACCCUCAGUCAGGGGUUCGGUUCUCCCGGGAGGAAGAUCACAUUGCUCACAUCAUUGAGCUGCUGGGACCUCUUCCAUCCCAGUUUGUGCAGUCUGGGCGACAUUCAAAACGAUAUUUUAACCGUAAAGGACAAUUGCGGCACAUCUCCAAGCUGAAACCAUGGAGUCUGCUGGAGAUCCUGCUGGAUAAAUACGAGUGGAGACGAGAGGAAGCUGUUCAGUUCUCCUCCUUUCUGCUGCCCAUGUUGGAGCUGCUGCCACAGAAAAGAGCCACAGCCUCACAGUGUCUGAAACACCCGUGGCUGAACGCCUAGACACGCUCACACUCACUGAUGCAAGCACGGUUUUGAUCAGGACUAUAUCACUUUUCAACAUGACUGUUGUUGUCAUUUUUAUGCACGUACAAUACAAUAAUUGUGUAGAAAUAUAUCUGAAAUAAAAUCGGGGUGUAACAAUUUAA